AUGUUUCGUUACCAGCCCCUCGAUGCUGACCAGGAAGAAAUUCGAAUCGUGCGGUUCGUCCGCCCCUUUGACCCGGGCGCUCCUCUCGCUCUCGAAUUACGGCACACGGCGCUCAAGGGCCCACGCGACCCCGAGCCAUACUCGGCGCUCUCGUACGUCUGGGGCAGCGAUCGCCAUACCCGCGAGAUCCUCAUCAAUGGCGAGCCCAUCGCCAUCACUUUCAACUUGCACGACGUCUUGGUUCAACUCCGCGAGAACGGCGUGACUGGGUGGCUAUGGGCCGAUUCGGUAUGUAUACAACAGGCGCACACGGCCGAGAAGGAGACGCAAGUCGGGUUUAUGGGUCAGAUUUUCCAAAGAGCCGGCCUCGUGUACAUGUGGUUGGGUCGUAGCACCGACGAGAUGUAUCUUGCCAUGAGCUUCCUCGACAGCUUCUCCCCAAACACGCCCCUGCGAUCGUAA